UGUGGGUGUGAUUUGAAAAGUCGCAGUAGAAAUGCGAAUGUUAAUGACAGAUUUCUUAGUCGUAAUGUUUGAUUGAACAGCAUGAUUAGUUAGAAAGCAAUUUCAUAGUUAAAGUAGUGCUUUAAUACUACACUUAUGUAGAUUUUUUAAAAAUGGGCAACGUUCAGACUGUCGGACCAAAUGAAGCACUUAUUGUUUCUGGUGGUUGCUGUGGAAAUACUGGGAAGAAAAUGGUUGUUGGAGGGUGGGCCUGGGCAUGGUGGAUGGUAACUGAUGUACAGAGGUUAUCUUUAGAAGUUAUGACACUUACUCCUAGAUGCGAGCAUGUAGAAACAGCACAGGGUGUUCCACUUACAGUUACUGGUGUUGCCCAGUGUAAAGUUAUGACUGAAAAAGAGUUUCUCGCGACAGCAGCUGAGCAGUUCCUUGGGAAAGAAGUUGAUCAUGUGAAGUCAGUCAUCCUGCAAACAUUAGAAGGGCAUUUGAGAGCUAUAUUAGGUACUCUUUCUGUAGAAGAAGUGUAUCGUGACCGGGAUCAGUUUGCUUCUUUAGUUCGAGAAGUAGCGGCUCCUGAUGUAGGGCGAAUGGGUAUAGAAAUCCUAAGUUUUACCAUUAAAGAUGUUUUUGACAGAGUAGAAUACUUGGCUUCAUUAGGAAAAGCAAGAACUGCCGCUGUCAAAAGAGAUGCUGAUGUCGGUGUUGCCCAAGCAAACAGAGAUGCUGGAAUCAGGGAAGCUGAAUGUGAAAAAGCAGCUAUGGAUGUCAAGUAUGGAGCAAACACAAAGAUAGAAGAUUCACAUCGCUUGUACCAGUUGCAAAAAUCUAACUUUGAUGCUGAAGUCAAUACAAAGAAAGCAGAAGCUCAGUUAUCAUAUGAAUUGCAAGCUGCAAAGAUGAAGCAAAAGAUACGAAGCGAGGAAAUCGAAAUCGAUGUUGUUGAACGACGAAAGCAAAUAGCUAUUGAAGAAAAAGAAAUUUUAAGGAAAGACAAAGAAUUGACUGCAACUGUUCGACUUCCUGCAGAAGCUGAAGCUUACAAAGUAGAACUUAUAGCUCAGGGGAAAAGAACUCAAACUAUGGAAGUUGCAAGAGCAGAAGCUGAAAAAAUUAAAAUGCUUGGAGCUGCCAGUGCAUAUUCAAUUGAAGCUGUUGGCAAAUCCGAAGCAGAAGGAAUGCGCAUGAAAGCUGCAGCAUAUAAGCAGUAUGGAGAUGCUGCAGUCAUGAGCUUGGUACUGGAUGCCCUUCCAAAGAUUGCAGCUGAAGUAGCAGCACCGCUUGCGAAAACAGAAGAUAUUAUUUUGAUUGGAGGCCAAGAUCAAGUUACAAGUGAAGUUACGAAAUUAGUUAGUCAAAUUCCACCAUCAGUUCAGGCUUUGACGGGUGUAGACUUAACAAAGGUGCUGUCCAAAAUGUCUACCACCAAAUAAGUCUACAAGUGAAGGUUUUUAUGAAUAUUGAUCUGGUAAAGCUGUAGCCUUGAUUUGAUACGUCAGAAAUAUGAUUAAAAUUGAUUGAAA